AUGGCGACAACCGCCUCCCCGACUCCUGCUGGACCAGCGCCAAGCAGGAAGCCGUCAUUGCGAAGUGGAUUGAGGAGAGCGCCGUCGCGCGCCCAGCCGACGCGUGCAGAAUCAUAUUCCGCAGCCCCGACGUACGCGUCCAAGUCGUCCUACGAGCACCAUGAGAGUUCAGACGACGAGAUCCCUGUACCCAUGAAGCUGAGCGCAAUCACCAAGGCUCUGCUCAACGACAAUGGUCCUGAAUCUGAUGUCGGCCACGGCCGGAUGACUCGCACGCGUGCGCAAGCUUAUCGAGCUUCGUCACCCGCGGUACCAGACCAGGACAAGCCAGUCAAGAGACGGAGUGUUCUGGGUUCAUCUGCCACUUCCUCAGGGGAAGUGCGCCGCAGCACACGCGCUAGUAGUGCACAAUUGUCAUCUCAACCCAACUCGCCAGUACGCAAUGCUGGUGACCAGGGAAGUGCGAGCAGAGACAACAGCCCAAUCAGAAACCGGAAACGUAUCGUGAGGCUCAGUGCCACCUCCGGACGGGGCAGCACCGCAUCAGCGGUCGGGGGCCCUAUUGAGCCCUCCAAGCGGCGGAAUGCAUCGCUGUCCGCGUCACAAUCCCAUGAUCGUUCGGCAAACGCAGAUAGCUCCGUCGUCGAAGACAGAGCGAAUGUCUCAGAAGUCAGAGAGAGAGAGGUCAACACGCCAUCACAACAGAACAGAAUAGUCAGAAUCGCCGUCGGGUCGUCUGGUGGUCGCGGUCGUUCCGUCGGCUCGGGAUCCGGCUCAGCAGUCUCCUCGUCCACUCGUCCCGAAGCCUCGUCGUUCCGCUCGCAACACUCGAACGAAGAGGAGAUUGACUUCCCGGCACCAUCCACAGUCUCUAGACAACAGCCUCAGGCGAAUCAAGGAAGCAUUUCUCGUCCAGGCUCCAACAGUUCACGCAACCGAGUCGACGAGAGUCAGGUCGCACAGAGUGCUGUGCGAGUGAAGAGAAUCGCCAAAGUCCCCGGAAGCUUCAUGAGCGGCCCCGCACGUCGCGGGCGCGCGAGACAGAGCGAAGAAGGCCCGAUCGAGGGCGAUGUCCUGCAGAAUAGUCAGGAUGCCGAGGCCCAGGAGCAGGAUCUCAUUGACCUCGAGCCUCUCGACAACUUUGCAUCCUCAUACUAUGCUCCGGAUCGGGUUGCUUCGGGCAGUCCUGUCAGCUCAAGAGCGGCACAGCAGGCCGCGCAGUUGCGGAGCUCACUUCUCGCAGAGAGGGUGGACUUCCAGAUCAAGAGUGCUUCGCCUGAGCGACUCGUCGAGAUCCAGAUCCCAAACCACCAGCUGCCAGUUCGCAAGGUCGAACUGCCGUCUCAACAUGAUCAAGAAAAUGAAGCGCCGCCGAGUUUCAAGAGGCCCGCUGCUUCUGCAAGCGAUCUGUUCGACAAGGACCCAAUCGUCAAAAUCCCAAGUCGUCUACAGAAUGCAGAACUUGGCAACGGCUUGCGCCCCGCGUCUCCUGCCCGCAGAGCUCUACACGCGCUGAGUGAGAACACACCGCGCCGGGCGGCUCCGGCGCCACCUCCCAAGAUGUCCAUCCUGGAUGCUGCCACUUCUACCGCUGGAGCUGCCACGACUGCCACAACCGCCAACGCCGCCAAGAGACGCAACUACAUGAAAGUCAACGGCAAAUGCUACACGCGAUUGGAUUGUCUUGGUCGUGGAGGUAGCGGCAAGGUCUACCGCGUAGCGGCUGACAACGGAAAGAUGUUUGCGCUGAAGCGUGUGUCGGUUGAAGGGGCGGAUGAGAAUACUGUUCGGGGCCUCAAGGGCGAGAUCGAUCUCCUCAAGAAGCUCACCUCGGUCGACCGAGUUGUCACACUCUUCGAUUACGACAUGAACGAAGAGAAACAGGUUCUGAGCUUGCUCAUGGAGAUGGGCGAAAUGGACUUUAACACGCUCCUUCGCAUCCGCCUCUCACCAGAGGAAGCGAAGUUUGAUCCCGUCUUCGUUCGUUAUUAUUGGCAGGAAAUGCUCGAAUGCCUGUCCGCUGUUCAUGCGCAUGACAUCGUGCACUCGGAUCUGAAACCCGCCAACUUCGUGUUGGUGCAGGGUCGUCUGAAGCUGAUUGACUUUGGCAUCGCCAACGCCAUUCAAACCGAAGAGACCGUCAAUGUGCAUCGCGAGACGCAAGUUGGCACCCCGAGCUACAUGAGCCCGGAGAGCCUCAUUGACUCGAACACAGCCGACCCGAAUGCUUCCCGUAGAGUUGGCACAAACGGCGUUCGGCCCAAACUUGUAAAGUUGGGCAAGCCUAGCGACAUAUGGAGUCUUGGCUGCAUCCUGUUUCAGAUGGUCUACGGUCAGUCGCCCUUUGGUCACAUCCCGAACCAGAUGGCCCGCUGCCACGCAAUCAUCAAUUGGCAAUAUCCCAUCGAGUUCCGUGACCGCGGUAUCGGUGACGUUCCCGUCCCGCUCAGCCUGCUGCGAACCAUGAAACGCUGCCUCAACCGCGAUCAGCAUGUCCGGCCCACGUGCCAGGAGCUUUUGUCCUUCUCGGAUCCUUUUCUCUACCCAGUCGAGACUCCGCAAGGGUCGCUGCCAAUCUCAGAAGAUCUGCUCGGCCGCAUUGUCCAAAGUGUCGUUGCUAGGUGCAGAGAGCGGAUGCCGACUGAUGCCGAAGCCAUGAGUGUCUGGCCUCAAGCCUAUUGGAACAGCGUCGCGAAAGCGUCCGGGAAGGACCCGCGGUCACUCAGAGCCAGCACGUCAUAA